AUGGUCAAUGAAGCAGAGAAAUAUCGUACUGAAGAUGAGAAACAAAAAGAAACUGUUGCUGCUAAGAAUGGUCUUGAGUCUUACUGCUUUAACACGAAGAGUACAGUGGAAGAUGAGAAACUGAAAGAUAAGAUCAGUGCUAGUGAUAAACAGGUUGUAUUGGAUAAAUCCAAUAAUAUCAUCAAAUGGCUUGAUGCUAAUCAGCUUGCUGAUAAAGAAGAAUAUGAACGCAAACAAAAAGAAUUGGAGGCUAUAUGCAACCCUAUUGUCACAAAGUUGUAUCGGGGAACUGCAAAUAUGCCUGGUGGCUUUUUAUUUAAUUUAUUUAAUUGCGAUCCAGACCUGAGACUCGAAUGCAACACACUUCCUCCAUCUUCCUCAGACAACGAUCAUUUUCGCAGGAAAGAGGAAGAAAAACGUAACAAUAACAAACCGUAUCACUAUCUCUUCGUUGUACCUCCACUUGCUCCUGAUCCCACAUAA